AUGGCAGAGGACAGGUACAAUCUGAAAAAUCCAGCUGUGAAGAGGAUUUUACAGGAAGUUAAAGAGAUGCAAUCGAACCCAUCUGAUGAUUUCAUGAGCCUCCCUCUUGAGGAGAAUAUAUUUGAGUGGCAAUUUGCUAUAAGAGGAACAAGCGAGACUGAAUUUGAAGGUGGGAUUUAUCAUGGGAGGAUUCAAUUGCCUGCUGAGUAUCCAUUUAAGCCUCCUUCUUUUAUGUUGUUGUCGCCAAAUGGGCGUUUCGAAACGCAGACAAAGAUAUGCUUAAGCAUAUCAAAUCAUCAUCCUGAGCAUUGGCAGCCAUCGUGGAGUGUACGAACAGCACUAGUAGCACUUAUUGCAUUCAUGCCCACCAGCCCAAAUGGUGCGUUGGGCUCGCUAGACUACAAGAAAGAGGAGAGGCGUGUUUUGGCUGUUAAAUCUCGUGAAGCAGCACCAAGAUUUGGGACUCCUGAACGUCAAAAACUCAUUGAUGAGAUUCAUCAAUACAUGCUUGGCAAGGCGCCGCCUGUUCCUCAACAAAACCCACCUCAACAAAGCCCUGCACAGGGUUCUGAAGAACACCCUAACAGUGAGGUUGAAGCCCAGGCAAGUUCGCAAGAUACUGGGGCAAUAGCUGCUGCUGAAGAGCUUCAAAAUCCAGUAGUUGGCGAAAUUCAGGAAGUAGGUGAAACGGUUAUUGAAGAAGUGCAUGAAGGUCCCGUUAAUGUGAACCCUGGUCCUACAGGAGCCAGUGUAUCAAGAGAGGUUCCUGCUAGAGCCUCAACCGAUCAGCUACUGCAAAGGCCAGUGACUAGGGUUCAGAAACCAGUUGACGAUCGUUUGUUCACAUGGGCUGCUGUUGGACUCACCGUUGCAAUUUUGGUUCUUUUGCUGAAGAAGUUCAUGAAAUCUAGCGGAUAUGGCGCUUUCUUCAUGGAUGGAUCUUAG